AUGGAUACUUUGCCGAAUGAGAUGCUCGCGAAAUUGCUGCUCUGCCUGAAUCCGGUAGAUCGCCUCAAAUGUGCUCUGACCUGUCGAAGAUGGGCCCGGGCUGUGACCGCCCCUCAAUUACUGCACGAUGUCAAGCUAGUUCUCAGAGGACCAUAUAUUGAAGCAGCCCAACCGGUCCUGAUGAUGAAUCACCGAAAGUAUAGGAAUUUGAAAAUUGUGGAAGGUUUUCUGGACGCUCUCGAUACCGAGUUCUGGUCAAGGAUCGGGAGAAACCUCAGGGAUCUGCGUUUGAUUAGAUGCGAGUGGUCGAUCGAGGAUUUCUUCUCGAUUUUCCAACGAUGCAAAAAAGUGGAGUUCCUCAAAGUCUCAGCGCAAUAUUCGAAUCUGGCCCCGGACUCGCUCGAGAUACCCACGCACAUGAGUUCUGCAUUGAUUCGCAAGUCAAUGUGCAAUGUUCGACAUCUCCGACUCAAAUGUCUGCCGGGGAAUCCGCUGCUCGAAGGAAAUUUCUCCCGACUGCUCGCUUUGAUGCCCCAGAUAGCAUCUAUAUCGAUAUACUUCUCGUUUCAAGAUGACCUUGCUUUCUCGAAUACCCUCCAUAAUUUGUUGCAAUCGAACGUGAAGCCGACGGAGCUCGACCUUUCAUUCGCGUCCCUGGAAGACGAAGACAUCAUCAAGAUUGUGAGAAAGUACUCGGGGGUUCUUCAACGUCUCCGAUUGAGCGAUUGUCCCGAGCUCUCUCACGAGGCUUUCGUCGCCCUCGGUACUUGCUCGAAGUUGCGGCGCUUGGAACUCUUGGGCGCGAUCUUGGAAGACGACGAUGUGAAAGAGCUCCUCCGCCACGCUUCGGAACUCGAACAUUUGGAUAUUUCGGCUUACAAGAGAUUGACGAGACCGUCCUUGACCCAUAUCAAGAAUCUCACAAAGCUCCGGCACGUAGGACUUCUCCACUGCAUUGAUUUGGACAGUGAAUUCCUCCGCGAUUUAUGUACGGUUUCGGCUCUCCGACGCCUCGACCUGACGUACUCCGACGACGCGCUCGCAGUUCUCCAGAGUCUGUCGCCUGUCAGGAACCUUCAGAGCCUCAGUCUGGCAUGCAACCAUGUCGAUUCUGAGAGCAUCGACAUAAUCAUUGAAUGUUUCAAGCAACUGACGUACCUCGAGCUCGACUGUUGUCGCCGACUAACCGAUGCUGAUGGAAUCAAGUUUCGUCGCUUGGAGAACCUCACCACCCUGAAGCUGUGGGACGCUUAUCUUCUGACCGAUGUCACCUUCGAAAAUGGCGUCGGUUCGGAGUAUAUGGAGGAACUCGCCCUGGGAGGCUGCUCUCUGACAGCCGCGGGACUCGCGAGCAUAGCGGCUCAUCAUGAUCGUCUCAAGAAGUUCGUACUGCACCAGUGCCAUACCGCCACAGACGCUGGUCUGACGUAUCUCUUUCGGUCUGAAGCUUACCUCCAGAAAAUCGAUUUCAUCUCAUGCGAUCUCAUAUCAGAUGCGCUUCUCGAGUCUCUGGCAACACUUUGCCCCCAUCUCAAUACCAUAGGACUCGAAAACUGUAAUGUGAGCGAACUCGCUCUACAAACAUUCUCGGAUCUGAGACCAGCUGUCGAAGUUUUUUGA